CCGAAUUCGAAUUCAGGGAUAAAGUAUAUAAAGGCCAUUGGAUCCUGGGAGGUUCGUCCCAGACAUUUGGUUUUGUUCUCCAUCACAAUCCAGAUUUGAUCAAUUGACUACAAUUAACAGAGUCUAGCCCUCCCGUAUCCGGAAAAGCCUCUUCUCUGAGAUCGACUCAAUUGACUUGAAUAAUAUUUCAAAAUAUAAGAGCUUACUGCGAAUCCCCCCAUCCCCCAAAAAAGCCGCCUAACAUACAACUAUCAUGGCUGAAGUCUCAUUAGGAAGAUAUCUCUUCGAGAGAUUGUACCAAUUGCAAGUGCAGACCAUCUUCGGUGUCCCUGGUGAUUUCAACUUGUCGCUUUUGGACAAGAUCUACGAAGUGGAAGAUGCCCAUGGCAAGAAUUCGUUUAGAUGGGCUGGUAAUGCCAACGAAUUGAAUGCAUCGUACGCUGCUGACGGUUACUCGAGAGUCAAGCGUUUAGGGUGUUUGGUCACUACCUUUGGUGUCGGUGAAUUGUCUGCUUUGAAUGGUAUUGCCGGUUCUUAUGCCGAACAUGUUGGUUUGCUUCAUGUCGUAGGUGUUCCAUCGAUUUCCUCGCAAGCUAAGCAAUUGUUACUUCACCACACUUUGGGUAAUGGUGAUUUCACUGUUUUCCAUAGAAUGUCCAACAACAUUUCUCAGACCACAGCCUUUAUCUCCGAUAUCAACUCGGCUCCAGCUGAAAUUGAUAGAUGUAUCAGAGAGGCCUACGUCAAACAAAGACCAGUUUAUAUCGGGUUACCAGCUAACUUAGUUGAUUUGAAUGUUCCGGCCUCUUUGCUUGAGUCUCCAAUCAACUUGUCGUUGGAAAAGAACGACCCAGAGGCUCAAGAUGAAGUCAUUGACUCUGUCUUAGACUUGAUCAAAAAGUCGCUGAACCCAAUCAUCUUGGUCGAUGCCUGUGCCUCGAGACAUGACUGUAAGGCUGAAGUUACUCAGUUGAUUGAACAAACCCAAUUCCCAGUAUUUGUCACUCCAAUGGGUAAAGGUACCGUUGAUGAGGGUGGUGUAGACGGAGAAUUGUUAGAAGAUGAUCCUCAUUUGAUUGCCAAGGUCGCUGCUAGGUUGUCUGCUGGCAAGAACGCUGCCUCUAGAUUCGGAGGUGUUUAUGUCGGAACCUUGUCGAAGCCCGAAGUCAAGGACGCUGUAGAGAGUGCAGAUUUGAUUUUGUCUGUCGGUGCCCUUUUGUCUGAUUUCAACACUGGUUCAUUUUCCUACUCCUACAGAACCAAGAACAUCGUCGAAUUCCAUUCUGAUUACACUAAGAUUAGACAAGCCACUUUCCCAGGUGUGCAGAUGAAGGAAGCCUUGCAAGAAUUGAACAAGAAAGUUUCAUCUGCUGCUAGUCACUAUGAAGUCAAGCCUGUGCCCAAGAUCAAGUUGGCCAAUACACCAGCCACCAGAGAAGUCAAGUUAACUCAGGAAUGGUUGUGGACCAGAGUGUCUUCGUGGUUCAGAGAAGGUGAUAUUAUUAUCACCGAAACCGGUACAUCCUCCUUCGGUAUAGUUCAAUCCAGAUUCCCAAACAACACCAUCGGUAUCUCCCAAGUAUUGUGGGGUUCUAUUGGUUUCUCUGUUGGUGCCACUUUGGGUGCUGCCAUGGCUGCCCAAGAACUCGACCCUAACAAGAGAACCAUCUUGUUUGUUGGAGAUGGUUCUUUGCAAUUGACCGUUCAGGAAAUCUCCACCAUGAUCAGAUGGGGUACCACACCUUACCUUUUCGUGUUGAACAAUGACGGUUACACCAUCGAGCGUUUGAUCCACGGUGUAAAUGCCUCAUAUAAUGACAUCCAACCAUGGCAAAACUUGGAAAUCUUGCCUACUUUCUCGGCCAAGAACUACGACGCUGUGAGAAUCUCCAACAUCGGAGAAGCAGAAGAUAUCUUGAAAGACAAGGAAUUCGGAAAGAACUCCAAGAUUAGAUUGAUAGAAGUCAUGUUACCAAGAUUGGAUGCACCAUCUAACCUUGCCAAACAAGCUGCCAUUACAGCUGCCACCAACGCCGAAGCUUAGUAAAAAGGAUUAGUGUUAUUUUUUUGCACCCACGUUAUAUAUAUUAAUGCACAACUAUGAGAGACAAUUCCGUAGUAAACGAGGACGCUUUUCUUUCAGAUAAACUGCAUUUUGUCUAUCCGACAGAUUUCGUAUUUCAUACGGCUUUGGCAUAAAUGCUCG